CUCAGACGGUACCUUCCAUUUUUCCAAGAUGGAAUCGUCAAGCGUAGAAAAUCAUUUCUCGAUAAAAAUGACACGGUUUUACAUGCAGGUCGUUGGUAUGUGGUACGUCGAGAAAAAACGGGACAAAAUAAUAUCAAACGUAGUUCUUGUUUACACAGUACUCACUAUGCUCGUCGCUCUCGUCGUAAUGGGAACUGAUUUCUUCUACUCAUGGGGUGAUUUGCACGCGAUAACUUACAACGCUCCUUGCACGAUAACUGUAUUGAUCGAACUUUUUAAACUCAUCGUCUUCUUAUACAAUCGACAAAAAGUCAUGGAUUUGAACGCGUUCACGGAACAUACGUUUUGGAAAAAGAAAUAUGAAUUGAUGGAUCUAUUAAUAUUGAACAAGUGCAAUGAACAGACACUGCGGAUGAAUAUUAUUCUGGCAGUUCUCAUGCAAAUCAUAGCGUGGCACUACUUGAGCAUCCCGAUGGUUGAAUCCAUAGGAAAAGACCAUUCACAGAGGAUACUACCAUUUCGAUUGUGGUUCAAUCUACCAUUCACAGAGACACCGUAUUACGAAGUUGCUUUCGGUCUACAGGCUGCAGCAACCCUGAGUGUCUCCGUGUGCACAACGACUUUCGCCUCUUUUCUUUUCACGGUAUGUGUUUAUGCGACUGGUCAAUUCAAGAUAUUGCAACGUCGAAUAGAAAACUCUUGUGACAUGUACAUGGAAAAUAUGAUAAAAGAUUACGACGGUGGGGAAAAAAACGAGAAUGAACUAACGACGUACAACGAACUGAAAAAUUGCAUCAGGCAACAUCAGCUGCUUAUUGAUUACAUGGACGAAGUUGAAAAUUUGUACUGUUAUAUAAUGAUGGGUCAAGGAUUGGGGGCAGUUCUGCAAAUAUGUUUUUCCGGUUUCCAAGUGCUUUUGGGAGCGGAUGAAUCGGUUCUCCGGACGGCACUCAGCAUCGAGUUUUUUUGGGGUGCGGUUAUUAUUUUAUAUUUAUUUUCCUGGGCGUGUCACGAAAUAGCAUUGGAAAGUACAGCGAUUGCUGAAGCGGCUUACCGCGCAUUUUGGUACGCUCUCCCGUACCACAGUCGAUGGGGAAGGGCAUACCUGAUGGCUAGUCAGUUCGUCACGGUCAGGGCGCGAAAGCCCUGCAUCCUUACCGUUGGAAAAUUCACCCCAAUGACUCUCGAGACAUUUACUUCGGUAUUGAGUACGUCGCUAUCAUAUUUCUCAAUACUUCGGCAGAUGAACGAUGACGCGUUGCGGGACUGUAGCACCCGUAGGAUGGCACUGUCCGAUUUAAGCAAUUCACCUGCAAUACGGUUGACGCGUUUUUUCAUGAGAUUUACCGGUUUCUGGAUUCCUCAUAGCAAGGCCGACAAACUCCUUAUGAAUCUCAUGACCGGUUACACGAUUAUUGCAAUUGCAAUCGCCGGUCUCAUAUGUUCGACUGAUCUGAUUUUUUCUCUAUCCGAUUUCCACCAAGCAACGUAUACGGCCUGUAACAUGAUGACAGUUCUUACAAUUUGCAUCAAGCUAAUUAUGUUCUUAAUUCAGCGUGAUAAAUUUAUGAAACUCAUUCAGUAUUGUUAUAAAAAUUUAUGGAAAGCGGAAAACAAUGCUGAGAGUUUGAGCAUAAUGCGAAGCUGCGAGUUGAGAUGCAUUUAUUUUGUGGUAAUGUUUACUUUUUUCGCUCUCUCCACCGUGUGUACUUACACCGCGUAUCCGAUUAUCGAAAAUAUGGGGAAAAAUGAUACUGACAGGAUACAUCCAUUCACCCUUUGGAUAAACCUCCCGACAACCUCGACGCCGUAUUUCGAAACAAUUUUUACUAUUGAAAUACUGUCAUGCUUUCACUCGGGGAUCUGCUACUUUUGCUUCGAUAAUUUCUUAUGCAUCAUAAAUGUCUUUACUGCUGGUCAUUUUCGUAUGUUACAAAGGAAGUUAAAGCUCAUGCGGUACGCGGAUGGAGUCGACUCAAAUGCCAAUUUGCAUGCAGAAAUAUCGGCGAAUGAGGAAAGCAGUAAAUUUUCGAAAAUAGAGUUGAUCGAGAAACGUAAUGGAUCCAACGACACGUUGAAGGAUUGCAUUAAAGAGCAUCAAGCUCUUAUUGCUUUCAUCGAGUCGGUCGAAGAGCUAUACACGCUGGUUAUACUCGGUCAGGUUGUUAUAUUCAGCCUCCUCAUCUGUCUCGUGAGCUAUCAGGCUGUGUUGGCUGAUGGAGAAUUUUCGAGACGAAUGAUCUUCAUCGUGCACAGCGCUGGAACGUUCACCCAAUUGUUUAUGUUCACGUUGACCUGCGAUGAUUUGAUACGAGAAAGUCAAGCAGUUGCCGACGCUGCUUAUUCCGCCUGCUGGUACUACUGCCUCUCUGAUCCUUCUCGCAGGACACUUGGGAAAGAUCUCAUGUUCCUUAUUAUGAGAGCGAGGCGGCCUUGUUGCCUCACCGCCGGUGGCUUUUGUGCCAUCUCUUUGGAAACGUUUACAACCAUUCUGAGCUCCGCGAUGUCUUACUUGACUUUGUUGAGGAACUGAUGAGUAGCGCUUUCUCAAUGACGAACUGUCAAUCAAGAAAGUCUCAAUCUUGCGACUGUAUAUAUAAGA